AUGGUGCUGAUGAACGACGAUGACCUGGAGGAACUGGCCUACAUAUGCGAGGACAUCCCGCCGCCCGGCUCGAGCCCAGACGAGGACUACCACGUCGACGAGUCCCUCCGGCAAGAGUGCACCGAGCUAGCACGGCCUGCCGGCGAUGGUGCCAGCGUGCAGCACGUCGUCGUGUACAGCCUUGCCGUCGGGCCUCGGCCGGGCGGCCUGUUCAACGGCCUAUGCUGGCAGGUGCGCGAAGCGCAGGAUCGCAUCUCCGUGUCGUUUUGGGACGUUUACCGCGAGUUUGACCACUGGGAGCGCAACGCCCUGCUCCGCCGCGGACUGGGCAUGAGUCCGCACGCCCACAGCUUCGGGCCCGAGACCGACUCCGAGUCCAGCGGCGGGAUUGCCGACUGGAUGAUCGGGAAGCUUGAGUGGCUGCUCGAGCGUCGUGGCGGCAGUGGCGACGGCGCGGAGCCAUCCUGGACGUGGGUAGGGGCGGAGGAUCAAAAGGACGACGACGAUAUGUUCGCCAACCCGUUGUGCACGCGUCUUUCUGACUCCGACGGCUGCGUCAGCCAGGACGAGUUCGGCGCGUGGACUGACGAGUAA